GGUUUCAUUUCUGGGAAAUUAUUCUGAGUUCGAUCUAGUAAGUUAAGAAACUUAGCACUGGGUGAGAAGAAGGAGAUCUGAGAUGUGAACAAAUUUUGUGUUAUCAAAGGCUUUGUACAAUGUAACAUGGCUUUGCUUGUCUAUUUAUAUUUAUAAAAACAAUAGCCAGAAUGUCUAUGUGUCCUUGAAACCGUGUUCAAAUUUAAGCCCCACUGUGAUUGUAUUCAGAAGAGUGGUUAUGAGGCUGGAGAUUAACACUCUCCUACAAGAGAUCCUGAAGAACCCCCUCUCCUUUCUGUCCUGAGAACACAGCAGGAUGAAGCAGAAGAGAAACUCCAGCAGAUACCAUAUCUGCCGGACUCUGGUUAUUGGACUUUCUAAUCUGUAGGACCAUGAAAAAUAAAGGUUCUUAGUUGAGUCACCUAGUCUGUGGUAUCUGGGGCGUAGCAGCUCAAACUGGCUCAUACAGUACAAAUAGGAGAAACCAUUGGGCAGUUUUAAGAAAAAGACUGAGAGAACCCUUCUAAAGUUGUCUAAAAAAGGGGAAGGGCAUGGGUUGGGCAUCAAAAGCAGAGACAUGGGGACUAGUAAGACUGCUCAGUGGGUAAGGAUGCUUGCUGCCAAAUCUGACAGCCUGAAUUUGAACCCUGGAACCCUUGGGACUGGAGGUGAGAACUGACUCUGACAUACACACACACACACACACACACACACACACACACACACACACACACACACAUUGUAGCCUUGCAGUAUAGUGGGCAAAGAAUGGGAAAUGAACACAGUGGGUUUGGGCAGCACUUAAGAAAUGUUUGUAUGAUGUAAAACAUUAUUUUUUUAAAAAGAUUUGUUUAUUGCGUAUACACUGUUCUGCCUGCAUGUAUACCUGUAGGCCAGAAGAGCGCACUGGAUUAUAGUCUAGAUGGUUAUUAGUGGUUGCUGGGAGUUGAACUCAUGACCUCUGGAAGAGCAGCUAAUGCUCUUAACUUCUGAGCUAUCUCUCCAGCCCCCAAACCUUUCUUUUUCUUUAAAGAAAAGUUUACUGAGUAUCCUGCAAGGAGCAGUAGCAUUUCCAGUUUGAAGUAAAAUGAAGCAGUAGCUCAAAGGGAAUGGGAUAAACAUUUUUCUUUCUUUCUUUCUUUCUUUCCUUCCUUCCUUCCUUCCUUCCUUCCUUCCUUCCUUCCUUCUUUCCUUCUUUCCUUCCUUCCUUCCUUUCUUUCUCUCUUGUUUUGUUUUGUUUUGAAACAGGCUCUCUCUAUUAUGUUGCUCUGGCUGUCCUGGAACUUGCUAUGUAGACCAGGUUGUCCACCUCCCUCUUCCUCCUGAGUGGUUGGGUUAAAGGUGUAUGUCACCAUGCGACGCUAAGUGUUAUUUUGUUAAUGUGGUUUUCUUUUUUUUUCAGUAUUUGAUAAAAAGACAACUUGGAGUGCUUGUUUGCAGAAAAGGGAAAAAGUAACUUAAGAAUAAAGAGGAAUAGAAUCAAGAGCACCAAGAGCUUUUGGGGCUCAAUAGGAGCCAGAAGUCUUUUCCCUGUCACAGACAGGGUGAUAGGGAUCCUAAGACUCACAACAGUAGGCUGGUAGGAUUGGUGCUGGGAGAUGAUUAGUUCUAUUUUAUAUUAAUUUUGUAUGUUUGCAGAGGAAUUUAAUCCAACAACAUGGCUAUUCUGGCCAGGGAUCACAUCCAAAGAUCUUCUAGGUCUGUGUGAUCUGGCUGGAAUGACACAUCUUUAAUCCUUCUGACUAGAAUAUAGUAAUACCUUUAAUCCUAAAUUGUGAAGAUAAUUUUGUAGAAGGAUGCAACCAUGCUUUAAAGUGAUAUCUAAUUGAAGGGCAGACCAAGUAAUGAAUCAGAGAAAGAUUUGACAGAAUGAGUUAGAGAGAGGAUACCACCAACUCUCAUGAGAACAGCUCAGGAAAAGAAUCGACUUAAGAGAGCAGCAGAGAGAUGAGGGGGAAGAGGGGCGGGAAAGGGAGGAGGAGGAGGAGGAAGAGGAGGAGAAUGUAGUUUUACAGAGACAGGUUUCAGGGAAGACAAAUCAAGCCAGAGAAUCAGAAGGAGCCAGAAGAUUAGAACAGAUUGCCAGAGUUCAAUUGAGGCAAAGCAGAGCAAUUCAGUGAGAAGCUGAGAGAAGCCAGAUUGAAUCAGUCAGUUUAGACAAGACUGUAAGCCAGAACAGCUCAAUUGAACCAGCCAGUCAGGGUUCAGAAAGAACUAAAAAGGAUAAUCUUACUCAGCAGUAAGCUGGGAUGGCAAUUACACCUGGUGAUAAAAGAUACAUUUACAUGUAUAAAGGCAAAAUUAUAGACAGAGCAGUGGGGAGUACAUAUUGGACAUUUGAGGGAAGAAUGUGUGAAAUAACUGUCAUAAGCAGCAAGAAAACUGCUUUUAGUAGAGGAUGUGUUAUUCUUUGUGAACGUUGGAUGACUGUUUGAAAUAUGAUGUGCUCUGAAAUAAGAUAAUUAAGCAUGGGUAGAUGAUUUCCUCCAUAUACAUAGAAAGUUGAGGAUAGGGCUUUUCUAAGUUAGUACAAGGGAAGGGAAGCAAGGGAAUCAAGCCUUUCUAAGGCAUUGAUUGUAGGACUGACAGAGAAAACUGAAUGAAGAAGAAACAAGAAACCAUGAUGAAUAUACAAAUGGAGGGAUUACUGGAUUGUAGGUAAUAAUCAUGUUGAAGAUAUAGAAGAGUAGCUCUCUUUUAAAUAUAUGUUUAUUUUAUUUUAUGUAUAUGAGAUUUUGGCAGCAUGCACAAAUAUGUACACAACAUGCAUGCCUGGUAGGAUGGAUGCCCCGGAAAUGGAACUGCAGACAGUUGAGCUGCCAUGUGGAUGCUGGGAAUUGAACCUGAGUCCUCUGGAGGAGCAGCCAAUGCUCUUAACCACUGAGCCAUCUCUCUAGCCCUAGAGAGUAACUUCUAUCAGGCUGUUGCUCUGAAAGUAAAGGAGAGAGCUAAUCAUUUCUUCCUCUUUAAAAAAAAACAGAAAAAACUUAUAUAACAGCUGCUAAAUUUUACUGGGUAUUUGCAAUAUGUCAGUCAUCAUUUUUAUUGAGUGGGUCAUCACGUUAAAUAUCUAUAGCACUACUAUGAAAUAGCUAUUGUUCCCAAUUCGUAUUUAAGGAAACAUAUAUAAAGGUUAUGAGAUUUACUCAAGAUCAUGAAGUAAAUAAGUAGUAGCACAAGGAUUACAGUCUAGGCUGAGUGAUUCCCAGAUGUGUUUUCUGAACCACUACCAUGUUUUUCCACAAGGUGUGCAUAAAGAUGUAAUAUAAUUAAAGUAACAACCCUAGGCAGAAGUAACAUCGAGGGACACUGCUACGCUACUACUCAGGGUAGAAUAUGCAGCUGCAUAUUCUGGCACAAUAAUAUAAUGCCCCUCUUCUUAAGGAAUCAAGGAUCUAAUUUGAAAAGUAAUGUACAAUGCAUACAUUUCAAUACAAAGCUGUAUAUCAUUAGGUUGGUGAUAUUAGGGACCUUUAAGGGGAGUGCAUCAGAAUGAACUGGAGUGCUUAAGGAAAGCCCUACGAGGCGGAGCACGAAUUGUUGAACAGGAUCUAGGAUCCUACUAGCACUGUCUAAGCAAAGAGAAGCUGUGAAAAGGAGGGAGUUAUUGAUACAUUCAGAUGAUAUUUUCUUGACUGUUUGAGUUUAGAGUAAGCAGAUUACAAUGAUCACUUUGAAAAAGUAAUUGUAUUUGUGAAUAAGUAAAGAUAACUCCAUAUGAAAAUAUGGAUGUUUGGCUUUUUUCUGUUAAGUGUAAAAGGAUAUUUUAGAAGCUAAUAUUGACUAUUUCUUUUUGACCUCAGCUAUUCCAGUUUUGGAAAUAACAGAUAAUUCAAUCUUGGAUGAGUGGAGAGCAAGAUUCUGUGUGGAAGAUGUUCUUGAGAAGAUUACUUAUUGAUGAGGAAAUGAUUUUCAUGAACAAAGCAAUGGAUAAUCAUCUGCCGACUGUGAAUACUCUCUUGAGCAGACUAAAGCUCUAUCUGGUGAAGGAUCCGCUCUUAGAGUUCAAAGAAGGGCCCUGUGGAAAGGAUAAUUUCAUGGAGUGCUUCUCUGUUCAAGAACAUUCAGAAUCUUUUGUGAGAGAUUUCCGUAUGGCUGAGGAGACCUUUUGUAAGGAGAAACUACCAUCAGUUUUUCCUUUUGAGCUUAAAUCCUUGAUGUCUACAAAUUCCAAACAAGAAAUUCUGGUUCUACCACCAUCAAAACUGAAGGAGUUAUUAGACUCAAUACCGAAAACAGUGGACUCUGUAGAUGAAAAUGAACAUUUCAACAGAGAUCUUUCUUCCAAGCAUGGAUUUGAUACUGAGGAUAUAAGCUGCAGCUCCACAGAAAACUUAACUUGUGCAAGACUUUGUGAACCAGAGUGCGACGAGCCAGGAGAACUAGAAAUGCCACCAUCCCAUCUGAGCUUACCAAGGCAGCAUUCUUCAGUGAAUUCGUUAUACGCAGGAUUUCAGACAUUUCCGUUUUCUGCUGCGUGUAAAAUUAAUUUGCUGGGCGCUGGAGAAUCAGCUAACACGUAUUGUAUGCUGUGGCAGCUGGGGAGCUGCAGAAACUCUUGGGUCUCGUUCUUGCUCACAGUUCCAAGAUUUCAAGAAACCAGCAGUCAAUAUUCACUUGCAGAUAUGAGGAACAUUUUUUCUGUCAAAGGAGACAGCCUUGUGAUUCACCCUGCAAAAACAAAGGGGUGGAGACAAGCAAGACUAAAUCCAGUAAUGGCUGAAACGUUGGAGCAUCUGCAGGCGUAUCUGUGUCAUAAUGGUCUGUCUGCUCAGGAGACUAAGCUGGAGAUCUUUCUGCCUACAAAAGUACUUGAGCUGGAGUCGUGGCUAGAACCUAAGAAUAGCCCCUCGCUCCUCCUGCCAAUCAGUGAGAAAUCUGCAGACGCUCACCAAUUACAUCCCCAGAAGAGGCCGUCUUCAGAACGGGAAGGGCCACGCCUUCGUUUGUCUGCUGAACAACGUGCCUCUGUUAAAAAUUCAAACAUGGAAGCAAAUCCAAAGAGUGGCCAAGAACCAGCUGCUCGAAUGAUGCAGAAGACGGACAACGGCUGUGUUGGACUUGGUAAUCCUGUACCGUCUGUUGAGUCAGCCUCCUCUUCACAGAUCAAGACAUCUUAUGAUAAAAACCGAGAUGAUUUGGACCUUUUGAGCGAGUUUAUUAUUCUGAGAAGUAAACACCAGACUUUCUUGUCAGAAGCUGAAGUCAAAAGCCAAGACCAAAACAAUGAAUUUCAAGAUAAAGAAAAAUAUUCUUUGACUCUUCAAGAAGAAAGUCCUGUUGUUUCUAAUAAUAAAGCUCCAGAGGAAAGAUGUCAGGAAAGAGCAGAUGAUGUCAUCAGGAUCCCCGCAUCAGACACCCAGUGCCAAGCAUACUGUCUCCUAGAAGCCACAGCGAUCCCUAUCUUACAGAAGCUCGUUUGCCUUUGUGCCUACCCUGCUGCUAACUGGAAGUUCGCCACUGUCAAUUUUGACCAAACAAGAUUCUUCUUAAAGGAACAGGAAAAAAUAAUAAAUGAUGCUAUUCACCAAGAUAAAAAUGAUGACAGAAAAAUGACGUUCAAGCAUGCUGCUCUCUUACAUCUGCUGGUGACAAUUAGAGACGUCCUUUUAACAUGUGGCUUGGAUGAAGCAUUAGGAUAUUUGUCAAAUGCAAAAGAUAUCUACAAAAGUGUGUUAGACUCCUAUUUGGAUAACAUUUGGAGACAGCUGAAAAUUUUACAGUUCAUUAAGGAAAAAAGGCCUAAAACCAACUAUAAGGUCCAAGAAUUGCAAUGUCAGAUACUAAGUAGGCUACAGAGUCAACAAAAAAUGAAGGUACUGAUUAUAAUAAGAAUGAACUCAGAUGGAGAAAAGCAUUUGCUUAUUAAAACCCUUAAGAAAAUAGAAGGUUUAACAGUGACUGUUUUACGUUCAAUUGCAAGAAAAGAUUUUCUGGAAACUACUGGUGUUUUAAAAGGCACACAUUCCUGUGUGGUCGUGCACAAUUACAGUAUCAGAGAGGAUUUCCCCUGGAGCAGCUUCUCUCUCGUGGUGGAGUACAACCACGUGGGCCACUCCUGCUGGGCCCAGCACUGCCAACAGUUGGAUAUACCUUUCCUGGCCUUUAAAGUUGCUGUUCCAGACACGGCUCUGCAGACAGAUGCCCUGCUGGAUGGAUUUGGUGGGUUUCUCUUGAAAAUUCCGAUUCCAUAUGUAUUUUUUGCAUCUGAAGGACUUCUUAAUACUCCAGGAAUACUCCGGCUGCUGGAGUCUAACUAUAACAUCACACUCGUGGAGAGAUGCUGCUGCGAGUCACUGAAACUCUUUGGAAGUACAGAGCGUUAUGUAGUGCUGACAGUCGACGAGCAGACGGCUGUAGUUGUGCAGGACCUAGAAGAAUUACAUUAUGAGAAGGCAUCAGACAAUAUCAUUAUGAGAUUAAUGGCAUUGUCGUUCCAGUACAGCUGUUGCUGGAUAAUACUAUAUUCCAAGGAAACACUAAAUUCACAGUACCACCUCACAGAAAAGGCACUUCAUCACCUCGCACAGAUUUAUGCAGCUCUGGUGUCCUCCGGCCUUAAAUCUGAAGAACUGGAUGUAAAGGUUAUAAUUGCCCCUGGAGUAGAAGAGACUGCUUUAAUAAUUCGACAAAUUGCAGACCACAAUUUAAUGAUGUCGAAGAGAGAUCCUCAUGAAUGGUUGGAUAAAUCCUGGGUGGAAGUUUCACCUUCUAAGGAGGAAAUGAACCUGCUAGACUUCCCCUGCAUUAACCCACUGGUGGCCCAGCUCAUGCUACACGGAGCACCUUCCCUGCACUGGCUCCUGAGAGCAGCUCCUGCUGAGCUCCAGGAGCUCCUGCCCCAGGUUCCAGGCAAAGUGCUGAAGCAUUUUUGUAGCAUCACUUCCUUGUUCAAGAUUAGUUCUCCCUCCAUGACAACGUCUUGUCAGAUUUCAUCACUUCAGGAAGAUAUGAAUCAAACCGAUCUCUUUAUUUCUCAGAGGUCAGCUCCUAUCAUUCAAGACCAUUAUUCCUAUGACAUCUCGGAAGAGACGGUGCGGAGAGACACAAGCUCUCCUAGGGAGCUGAGAGAAAGGCUGCCGCCAUGCUUGUUGCCCGCUGCAGCACCGCACAGCCAGAGGAGCCGCUGCUCGGGCUGGGAGGGCUCCGGUUGUGGCCCUAACCCAGUGCAGAGGAACCCCUUCCUAAUGAACACCGAAUCAAAGAAAAUCACGAGGCCCGCCCUUCCUAGCCCGAGGCAUUCACAGUCAGAUGUCUUUUCUCUGGGCCUAACGCAAGUAAGUUGCGAACCCAAAAUGCCACAAACUGAUUCUCAAAGAAGAGGCUCUCAGGAUUUUGUAAAUUGUCCUGAAACAAAAGGACCCAGAAACGUGCAAGUGUCCAACCUUGUCUUUUUACCAGAGGGCUCCCAGCCCCACCUUCACUGGGACUUUAAGAAAAACAGUUGUAGAAAACAGAGUUCUUCAUUCCCUCCAAGCUGUGGAGCCGAACAGAGCACCUACAGCAAACGGUACUCUCAAAAGGACGACUUCUCCAGAGAUCCGCCCGGGCGCGCGUGGGAUGAGCUGCAAGACGUCACCUGUAGAAACGCGAAUGCUGGGACUAAGGAGACUUUUUGGAGAGAACCUGUUCCCAGUUGGGAUUCAUUCUGUGCCACUGAUUCUAAUGUAAACCAAAGAGGAUUCAAGGGCCUGAAUUUCUGCCAAAGAGCCGGAAACUACCUCAGACAGAGAAGGCUCCCUGGAUCUUCCUCUAACUGGGGAGAUUAUGAAACACCAACAGACUUAAUGUACUCACAAGCACCACAACCUAAGAAACGCCGUCUAAUGUAUGAGAAAGUCCCCGGAAGAGUGGAUGGGCAAACCCGGCUGAGGUUUCUGUGAAAAACAGAAGGGACAAUGCCACCUGCCAGAUUCUACUUCCUCAUGACAGUGCAGGAACAGUCAGUCAAGCUUGACGCCUGACGACAGAAAAUGCUAUUGCUUUGCAGGUCCUCAGUGUUUCUGUAUAAGUCUGCUUGUCUGACUUAUCAGUCAGUACAAUAUGCACAAGGCCCCAGAAGUACUCAGAUUCACGUCUACUUUACAAGGCUUUUGUCUUUUUAAAGGUUUGUGUUUGCACUUAUGUGUAUGCAUGCGGAAUGUGUGCAUUCUGGAGGCCAGAGGCCCCAUCAUAGUCUUUUUUUUUAAGUUUAUUUUUUUUGUUAUUAAAUUGUGUACGUGCAUGUUGGAAUGUGCAUAUGGAGUGCAGCCCCUGUGGAGUCCAGCCAGCAGAGGGCAUCUAAGCCCUGGAGCCUUAGUUACUGGUGGUGUGAUGCGGUGCUAGGAACCACAGUCCAGUCCUCCCCAGAAGCAGCAAGCACUUAUAACCACUGAGCUCUCCUGAGCUCCCACACCCCUGCACAGUCUGACAGUUGGAGUCAGGAAGUGAGGAGCACCACACAAGGGCAAAACUGCAGCCAGAGAAGCUCUGAGCAGUUCCCCCAGCCCAAUGAGAAAGAGAGGGAAGAAAUGCUUGCAACCUAAGCUGUGGGAAGGGCUCACAUUCUGUUGUUUGUUGACUGACUGACUGAUUGACUGAUUGAUUGAUUUUUGAGCUAUCCUGGAACUCACUGUGUAAACCAGGCUGUCUCAAACUCAGAGGUCCACCUGCCUCUGUCUCCCGAGGACUGGGACUAAAGGUGUGAGUCGCCACCACCACCACUACCCAUCGAGAGUUCCGUUCUUAAUACACAAACAACCCUUUCAAACUGGAGGGAAAAGGAAACUUAAUAGAGUAAGUAAAAUAUCUAAACAUAUUCUCAGAACAAGACAAAUCUGUAAAUAUUUAGGAUAAGCAACCUCAUGAUUUGUUUCAGAGGUGUUGGCUACUAAAUAACUGUUUUCACCUCUCACAUUGACAGGAGGUUGGAAAUACAGACUCCUAGUCAGCCAGUCAGAGAAGACCGCUUUCCUUCUGUAUUGUCUGUCUGUCCUUUCAGAGCUCCCUCUAGACAACAGCUAAUAAAUGUAAGAUGACUUGACCCAGGAAUUACAUUACUAAGAAUUUAUCUUAAACAAAUAUUACCUAUAACAUGAAACCUAUUAUAAGUACAGCUUGUAAUAGGUAAAACUUGUAUACUUGCUACUGGAGGACAAAGCAAACAUUUAGAGUAUAGAAUACCGUGAAACUUAUUAAGAAACUAAGUGUGCUCUGACCAUAGUGAAAAUGGACCGUUCCAAUUUGCUCGAAAUGAUUUUAUACAUAUGGGGGUGUUUGAGCAAGUGUGGAUCCCACACUUUCUGAUGCAUGGGAAACUGCUGGGGAGUUAAGCUCAGUGGUGUGAUUCCCCACAGAGCUCUGGGAUUGGUUCCCAGCAGUUCAUAAACUGGGUCUGCCAAAGUCAAUGAUCACUACCAUUGGCUACACAACUGGUUUGACACUGACCCUGGAAUAGAUGAAGCUAUUCAGAGGGGGGAAGGCUAAGAAGACUGGAGUGAAGCCCACUAAAACGGGCUUCAGAGAAAGGCACGGAGCAGGGCCUGAGGCUUCGUAAGCUCACAAGGUGCCGAGCAGCCUUGUUCUGCUCCUUUCCUCCAAGUUUUCUCCCAUAACCUCUGUUGUUGUUUUUCUUUUCUGUCUUUUUUCCAUUUUUUCCUCACACAGAAAAUGCUGUGCUUAGACGUUCCCUGGCCUGGCCAGGGGGCUGCAAGUCCAGAAGCAAGCGUGGGUCUUCUUUCACCCCACUGUGCUCUCCUCAGCCAGCUUAAGGUGCAGGACGCUGUGCUCUCACUUGCUUUGUCUUAUAAUGUUGUCCCUGAUUAAACUUUUUAGUGUUAAACUCCUAACCCCAUUUUCCUAUUGCUUACUUUUAAUGAGUAGAUAAUUUAAGGCUGUUUAAACUUUUCCCUAGCAGUGCCAAGACACUUCCAAUUCAUGUUUUGUAAUGAAUAUAACAAGUACCAAAAUCUAACACUGCCAAAAAGGUAAUUACAGCACGCCAAUUUUUUCUUUUUUUUCUUCAUCUUUAUUAAAUUGACUAUUUCUUAUUUACAUUUCAAUUGUUAUUCCCUUUCCCAGUUCCCAGGCAAACAUCCCCCUAAUCCCUCCCCCUCCCCUUCAAUAUGGCUGUUCCCCUCCCCAUCCUCCUCCCAUUACCGCCCUCCCCCCAACAAUCACGUUCACUGGGGGUUCAGUCUUAGCAGGACCCAGGGCUUCCCCUUCCACUGGUGCUCUUACUAGGCUAUUCAUUGCUACCUAUGAGGUUGGAGUCCAGGGUCAGUCCAUGUAUAGUCUUUGGGUAGUGGCUUAGUCCCUGGAAGCUCUGGUUGGUUGGCAUUGUUGUACAUAUGGGGUCUCGAGCCCCUUCAAGCUCUUUCAGUCCUUUCUAAGAUUCCUUCAACGGGGGUCCCAUUCUCAGUUCAGUGGUUUACAGCACGCCAUUUUAUCAGUCUGAACACUCUAAUGCAGUAUUUCCAGACCAAAUGGAAACGAGCAACACUUCAAAUCAAUCAAACCCACCUGAGUAUAGAGACUGAUCCAUGACAAGGCAUGCAUUAAUAUAAUUCUUCAUUAAGGAAGCAUUAUAAGCAUUAUCUAAUUUCCCCUAAGAUACUUCACAAAGUUCUGCAUGUUUGUUUGUUUUUUAAUUUGCAUGCAGGUGGGUUUCAGUGUGGCAUUUUCAUCAUUUGUUUCAAUUUUUAAAAAUUAUAUUGUUUAAUUCAGCAGCUUCCAAGGCAAUCUCACUGACCCAUGAAGUAGUUUUUGUCCUCCAUGUUUGAGAGAGAGAUACAGAACAAGUAUUGAAUUUCCUCAGAUAGCUGUCAGGCUGCGGGUCCCUUCUUUCACUGGCAGAUUUCCUAUAUCAAAUCAGCUCCUGAGCAGGUGUCAGUCCCUCCUGACGCUGCUGGACCUGACCCUCCUGACGCUGCUGGACCUGACCUGCCUCCACCUAGAACAGUUAGAGCUGUAGAACGUUCACGGCUCCCCUGAACUCCCUUCUGCAGUGCUGCUGAAGGAGACAGUGCAUCCAAAGAGGGUUUAGUGUGGGGUGGAAACUUGGAACAAUCACUGAAAUCCUCCUAACCGAGACGCAGGACACACACAUACAAUGCUAAUGGUAGGAGGCAAGAGUUUGAAAGAACAAACAACAAAAAUGAUAGCGUAAAACUGCAGACAAGACUAAAUGAAAAAUAGAAACAUCAAAAGGACAUCCAAAUUAUGAUUAAUUUACUGAUAUCUGAGUGAUGCCUGGAGUUAGGGAGGCCCAGCCCAUGGCUUCAUUUUCUCCACUUUGUAUUCCUACGACUUCUCCGUGGUGAAUGCCGGGCGACGUCAGAGAGCAGCUGUGGCUGGGAAUUGAGGGUUUUUCAUGUUAUGCUCACAACUGUAUUUGGAGGCACUGAUGGAGUUCUACAGGGGUUCCAACCCCAAUCUCACCUUCUGCACUCACACUCACCAGCAAACAGAGAUCCAUGGGGCCCAAAAGACCACACCAAACACAAACUACUGUUGUCAUGGAAAAUGAUGAAUUAGGCAAAAAUUUUAUUUCCAAGCUCUUCAAAGAUAAUCACAAACACAAACUUUCCUUCUAAAAGUGUCCCCAAUUAAAUCAAAGGCACAUCACCCCCAAUAAAAUAUGUGUGACAUGAAUUCUUUUAGGUUAUAAUAUCUUCAUAUUUUGUUUUUAACCAAUUGCAACGUUCUAAGUGUAGAUCACAUUUAAACAUUUUUAAAGGCAUGAGCACACUUUUCAAAGCAUCAGACACAAUUAUAAGUUGUAGAGUACAGGAACUAAAGAAAGUUCUAAUGGCUUCACACGGGAGGGCCACCUAACAACACAUCCAUGCUCCGUGUGCUAAGGAGCGGCUCCCCAGCUUCCCGUCCAGGUCAGACCGUUUGCUCACUGGGACUGGAAAGGCCUCCUUUACGAAACCAGCAUAUCAAUCAUUCCCCAAUUUAUACUUUGUCUAAUUUAGUAACUGUAAAUUUUUAUGAAAAUUUUUUAUUACAGUAUAAAAAUGUUAGGAAAAUUACAAAUACUCAGUUUUCGGAAAUACAACAUUUCCAUCCAGAAAUGCAAAUACCCAGUAAACAAAACAUGCCUCCAUCCCAGGCAGGGCCGCACAGGCUUGACUGAGAGAUGCACCCAGUGAGUUUGGUAAUGAGGUUAAAAAAUAAGACAAAACAUUGAUUUCUGUAGAAUUUUGACCUAGGACCAGGCCACAGAGAAAAUGAUUUGGCUCUUGAAAUCUGUUUUCUUGGGACUUGGCGGUAGUCAUCCAUCACCAUGCACACACAGGUUCCUCAGAGAGCUUCUUCCCUGUUGAAGAGAGUUCCAUUGGUUUUCAAUUUAGUGAGAUUUACUUGUAAAGGAACCUUAUCAUUUCACAGGACCCCAAAAAUGCACAACACAGAAAACAUCUCGUGAAUGCAAUAGAAUGUGUGAGCACGCCCUCGGACAGACAGCACUCAGGCCGGGGCUUCGUGGAGGACUGCCGUGCCCUUGGCUGCGUAACUCCUUUCUCAUAGCGGAACUGAACGUGAACAGUUUCCUUUUACAAACAUGUGAAAAGGAUGAUCACUUAUUGUGUAAAUACAGAAUUUGAAAUACGUUGGUCCCAGGACUGAUAACCUAGAAAUACGGGAAUGUCCGGGGUGAGGGCCUUGCACAUGCUGGGCAGCUGGGCUACACUGCUUUUGAGACAGUCGUCUUGAGUUAGCCAGGUCACUCUUGAACUCACCCAGUUUUAGUUUCUUUAUAGUUUUUAAGGUUGGUGGGUAGGCAAAAGUGGAGACUGCUGGAUUCAUACUGGUUUCACCAUAUCUUACACAAGAGCCAAGCAGGAAGUAGGUCUAGUGGGAAGGGCUGCUUCCUCUUGACACAGAGCAGCCUGGGGGAGAAGUAGGGAGUCCACAACCAGGGCAUGCACACUAGUGGCUUACCCUACCUCUCCUGCACUCUCGUUGAGAGUGGACAGGAUCUAUACUUUUAAAAUGGUUUUAAUAAAGAGGAUUCUUUCAUAAAUCUCCCCCAAAAUUAAAGUGUUUGGAGCCCUACAGUUUAUAGACAAAGGAGCCGCUGAUUGUUAUCGUGAGCCAAACAGGGCAUCCUGACAGUCACUGGGUAGAACUGCCCUUCCUCAGAACGCCAGGCUCUGAAUCAUUUCAAGAUCUACUUAACAAGAAAGCCUGAGGUUCUGUUCUGCUGAUCACUGAAAAUAAACCUUUUGUAAAUCUCCUAUGACAUACUAGUUUUUCAUGUCAACGGGUAUAUCAACAAAAUAUUUUCCUGAUGCUGGCUUUCCUGAGUGAACAGUUGUAAAAGUCUGCAUUAGCCAUGCCUGUGUGACUUACCCUUCCUUCUGAAUCUGUUGGGGACGGGGUACCAUCUGGAUUAAGCCAUUUAAGAUCUUGGAAUGUGGGUUCAUAGUUUCCGUGUUCGUUCUGGUGUCUUUAUUCUGACUCUGACUUGCUUCUGGACAUCCUGAGUCUCAUUCAUGGUCAGCUUUGUGUCUAUUCCUUGCUGUGAGUUCUUGGUUCUAAAAAUGCCUUAGAGGUUUCCUGUUUCAUUUCUUGCCUUGGCCCCUCUCUCUGACUUUUUUCCUUUUCCCUACUGUUACAAUUUCUGUUAGAUCCAAAUGCUGACUUGUUAUGUAGUUGGUUUAUGUUAAAUUUUUAACUCUUAAGGUUGUACUUUUUUCUAUAGAAAUGUUUGUAAUUUUCAUUUUUAUCUAGUGGAUUAAACUUCAUAUCUAUAAAUCAUUAAAAAUAUAGAAAUGUAAAACCUCAAUGCAAAACACUCAAAUUCAUGUCAUCCUAAUUAAUAAAUCAUCAGAAAUGUG